CUGCCGGAGUCCAGAAUGAGUUUAAUGUUUUUCCACAAAAUGACACUUAUAAUAAGAAUGUACCCUAGAUAAAAAUAUUUAGGUCAGAUAAAACACCAACAAUUGCCAUGAAGCUGUAAAUUAUUUAAAACAGAACGCUGCAACAGACGGUAUUCAUAAUCGCUUGUAAGGAAAAAGAAUGUGGCACACAUACCAUAUUACUACACAAACGUGACCAGUAGGUCGGAUAACUUCAGCUUAUUGGCAGUAGAAAGUUGAGUUUGUAUCAAUUGUUUGGUGUGCGCGCGUUAUUUUAGUUUAGUUACAACGUCGCUUACUUGUCACUGUGGUUUCUGCCGUUGGCUUCAAUUAAUCUAAGUGAGUAUAUUCCGUCCGUUUGUUUGGGUCACUUUCAGGUAGGCUCUCAUUUUUAAAUCUAAAUUUUCCCGUGAAAAUUAAGUAAAUGAAUGACCUUUGGUUAGUUAGUCGUGCGUUUUAGCCGUUGGAAACUUUCGUUUUGAAACGGUUUAUGGUAAAGAAGUGUGGUUAGAAUUGAUAAGCAGUUUUUAUAUGAACAACCUAUUCCCAUACAUUAGUGAUUAAGGCCUUUAUCGCGAGAUGACAUCAGCUAUGAUGCAACGAUAGCUGCUCGUCGAAAUCUGAUUGGUUCACCCAUAUACUUUUUCCCUGCUGGUUUUUACUCACAUUCCAUGGGCACCAAUAAAUCGGACGGGAGUUUACGAACUGGGCAACAAUACUGGAGUCAAAAGAGGGGUCUAGCUUCCCUGUAGAGCAAUUUAUAUGGUUCACUAACCACACAUUGGUUUUAAAAUUGACACACUUCGAAUGCAUGCAAAAUUAGAGGGAGCUAUGUGACCUAUCCAUGGUUUCACUUGUAACAUCUCGAUGUGAUUGUUGAAGUUCACACCAAGGUUUUUUCAUUGUACACUAUGUGAUUGCCUUCAUGGCUUAUUUUUUAUGGGUCUUAUACAUUUAAUGAGCCUGUCCACAUUUUCUUCUGCUUUCUGUCUCGCUUUUCGUGGCGAAAGGUUAAACUUCCACCGUGGAACUGACACUUGCAUUAGUUCCCUUUAGCACAACGUACUCCAAUUACAAUGUAUAAUGGGAUAGGCUUACCAACUCCUCGAGGCAGUGGGACGAAUGGAUAUGUUCAGAAGAAUUUGGCCUUCAUUAGUAAUUUCAAAGAGCAAAACCCUUACAAAACAGAGGAAGACAUCAAGAGAGCAGAUGCUCUGCUGUUCAAGGAACCAAAUAAAGAAAUACUAGAGCAUGAACGGAAACGAAAAAUUGAAGUGAAAUGUUUUGAGAUGGAACAAGAAAUGGAGGAACAAGGUUACACGCAGAGCGAAAUCGAAUUUAGGGUCAAUGGGUUUCGCAAAAAGUUGCUGGAUGAGUUAAAGGCCUCUGAAAUAAAAAAGACUCCCAAUGUGGAGCCAUUCGAAAUCUCUCAGUCUGAACACGGUAAAUUGCUACCAAAAGGGACCCAUGAAAAUGCUGCUGUAAAUAUCCUUAAAAACACAAUUUUCAAAGAGGCCCUGGGAAUCGGGGAACAAUUUCAAGAUGGGAAUUCCGUAGAGUUGGCUGUUCAGCGAAAAAAAGAUGACGCAGAAACGAAGCGUCUAGUCGAGGCACAAAAGGAGAUGAAGUAUGUUUGUGAUUUUUUAGUGUAAAUAUCCUGUAAUACACUACUCAACACUUUGGUGUUUUGAACUCUGAUUUGGAUACUAAAUACCUGUUUCUGUGAUUUUUUACUUUGGUUUCCUUCACUCAAUAAACGGAUGUCAUAUUAAGUAUUGGGGUCAUAGCGUUGCUUAUUUACUUACGCCUGUCAACCCUCGUGGAGGAGCAUGGGCCACUUACUAGCAUUCUACAUCGGACUUUGUCCUGGGCAAUCCUUUCCAGUUGUUUCCAAUUAUUAUCCAUCCUUUUGAUGUGUGCAUCCGACUCUCGGCACAAUCAGUUCUUUGGCCUCCCUCUUUUCUGUUUAUCCUCAGUAUAUCAAGUUAGCGCUUGCCUCGUGAUGUAGUCUGAUGAUUUCCACAAUGUAUGUUCUAUCAAACUCCAGCGAAUUUCCCUAAUUUUCUCUUCAGUUGGAAGUUGGUUUGUUCUCUCCCACAGUGAGGUAAGCAGCCUUGUCUAAUACAUCUGUCAACUAUCCUCCAUACACGACUUUGCAGUGUAGUUUGUCGUAUGAACUCUCUAUGAUGUUGAUGGUUUUCUCAGGUACACCAUAGUGUCGAAGAAGGUUCCAUAAGGUUCUCCUAUCCACACAGUCGAACACCUCAUAGUCAGUGAGGUUGAUGUAUAGUGACGAGUUGCAUUCAAUUAAUUGUUCAGCGAUGAUCUAUAGUGUCACUAUCUGAUCAGUGCUUGAACGGUCCUUACGGAAUCUGGUCUGUUGAUCUUGAAUUUGGCCGUUUACCGAAUCUUUCAUCUAGUUCAGCGACAUUCUGUUGAAAACUUUCCCUAGUACCGACAGUAGUGUGAUGCCUCUCUAGUUCCAACAUUUUCUCAGAUCUCCUUUCUUUGGUAUCUUAAUCAGGUCGCGGUUGUGACUUUUCUCCGGCUGAUUGUCACGUGAUUGAUUCAUCAAUCAGAAUACGACUUAUGUGACCUUAGCACUGCGCCAAACCAAUGAUGUAUUGAUCGGUAUGAGCAGCCUAGCAUCCUCACUAGUCCUUUUUCCUGCCUAGCCCUGCUUGUUAAGUUCAGAACGCCGAUAUCAGCUCCCACUAUGCGAUUCAUUUAUUUCAAACAUACUUGGUUUACAUACAAGCAAACCAGACCACAUCCCACCAUAAAGUAAAAAUAGCUAUUGUACAAGAUCAAGCCAAAAUGUGACUGAUUGUGGGAGACUGUAAUUAAUAAACCGCGUGUAACUUGAGAAUAUUAAAUCGUAUAAUAAUAGUCUAUGGAUCAAAAUAGAACUUAUAAUAAGAGGAGUAUAGAUAUACAUAAUCUAGUUACUUAAUAGUUAUACAAUAAAAAUAUAUGCACAAUAUUAGUCCAUUAAUAGCUCUCAGAAGUUACCCAUAAUUUAAUCUCCGCUAGGAUAUAACACUAUCCUCUUUUCAGUCUGUCGAUACUUUUUCUUCCUCACAAACCUUCCUGAACGGAACGUGAAGCGUGUUUUCAGUUACUUCUAUAUGUGACCUGAGUGUUUUAGCUGGUAUGUUUUCGGGUCCAACUGCUUUCCCACUCUUGAUUUGUCUGAUGACCAUCCUUAUUUCUUCCGUUGUUGGUGGAGUGCAAUCAGUAGGAAGGUCUGUAUAUGCUGCUUCGAUGUGCGGUGGGUUGAACGGAGCUGACCUUUUGAAGAGUUCCUCAAAGUGUUCUCCCCAUCUGUUCCUUUGUUCGUGAACUUCAGUGAUUGUUUUGCCUUAUUUCUCCUUGACCGGUGUUAUAACUUGUACUUGACCUGUGUCCUAUUAAUGUAUGACGUAAUGAUACCGCCAUUAGAGGACAGUAAUGCUCUUCUUCACUUGCUUGUUUAAUUCAGUGCAUUCAGUUUGUUCCUUGACUUCUUCUGUUCUUGUUCGGCUGUUGUUAAUUACUGUCUUCUCGUUCUUCCUUUCUUCAAUUUUGUCCAAGGUUCCCAUAGAUGAUGAUGCUUGUUGCGACCCACAACCUCCCGAAAUUUGCUUCUUUGAUCCAUUUCCAAUUGUCGUCCAUCAUAGUUUCUUCUUCUUUGAGUAGAUCUUGUAAUGCUUGGAACCUGUUAUUGAGAGUUAUCUUGAGUUGGUUGAGUUUGUCAGUAUCUGGAAGGAAGUAUCUACUGAAUCUUUGUAAUACUGUUUUCCCAGUUGUCCAGUGUUUGUUUAGCUUCAGUUUCAUCUUGGCAACCAUCAGUUGGUGGUGAUCUGAAGCUGUCAGCUCCUAUCCAGGUUCUCAUUUCCUCCAUUGACCUGAAUUUUCUGGUGAUGCAAAUAUGGUCGAUCUGGUUCUGUGUAGUGUGAUCUGGUGAUACCCAUGUAACUUUGUGUGGUAAUAUUGUGCUGCCUGUAACCAGUUUGUUGAGUGCACGUACAUUUGCAAGUCUCACCAUUCUCGUUCGUUUCUCCCAGUCAAUCCAUGUGGUCUCAUGAUAUCUUCAUAUCCGGUGUUGUGCAUUACGACUUAAGCGUUUAGAUCUCCCACCAGGAUGGUCUGGUUCUUUCCUGGGCAUUUCGCCAUGAUCGAUUUCAGCUUCUCGUGGAACGGAUCUUUAUCGUCGUCAUUGUUAUCACUGGUUGUUGCACAACAUUGGAUAACAUUCAUUGUAAUUCCCCCCUUCUUUGUUUUGAAGGAUGCUUUGACGAUCGUGGGUCCGUGAGAUUCCCAUCGUAUAAGUGCGUAAUGUGCUUCUUUGGACAGCAUCAGAGCCCCUCCCCGAAUGUGUGGAGCAUUUUCCUCUUCGUGACUGGAGUAACGCAGCAUCUCUGCCGUAUCUAUCCUUCUCUAUCCAGCUUAGAUUCAAUAGGUUCUACUUAUUCCUAGAAACUCUAAGUUGUAUCUCCUCAUUUCCGCAGCUAUUUAGUUGGUUGUUCCGGUCUCCCACACUGUCCGAACAUUCCAUGUAUCCAUAUUUAUUGUCGUUUUUCUGGUUGUUAGAACGGGUAUCGGUCUCAUGACUUCCGAAGAAUAUCGGCUUUAAUCAUGAGGCGUCAUAAUUAUUCCAAAUGAAGGUCCUUCAACUCAGAGGCGACAGUCUAAAUGGUUUAAGUUAUUUAUUCUGGUUAGCGUGUUUUAGCAUGGUUGUUUUCUACGGAGUCGGGUUACUGACUUUGCACUCGACCCUAUUUAAACACAGAAAUAUUGUUACGAAGGGACACCGAUUAUAUAUGCACUACACAAGUCACUUGACUUGUGUGUGGACUGUGAUACUGCCCGGGUGCCCAGAUCGAAGCAGGUGGUUUGUUUAGGACGUUGCGCCCGGAGCCUUCGACCUAAAGAUCUGAUCCACAAGGCAGUGGACUAACGUGAGGAGAUGCAGUCCCAUGGUAUCGGGUGACCAACGAUAAGAUCAUACGCCAUUUUUUCCUCAGGAUCCUGGAGCCCAUGUGCACCAUUGGUUUGGAAUCAAGGUUUUACAGCUCCCCUAGGUGGAUCCUUCAUAUCCACCAACCCGGUUAAAGCGCCGUACAUUCGCCUUUCUUCCUCUCAAUUUCGUAAACAAUGCCCUUACCGCGAGAAAGCAGUGAGUAGGACUUCACUGACAGUGGCUGCAUGUACGUGGCCAUGUGAGAGCAUUUUAAGAGGGAGAGCUGACUGUCCCCACCCUCGACCGUAUCAGGGCGUUUAGGGCUACUCGAACCUCUUUUACCCGAGCUUGAGACCGGCAAUAGCCCUAGAAGAGCUACAAGUGGAGUAAUUCUUAUUCACAGAAAUGCAUUUAUGGUGUGUUAAAUCAACCAUAAAUUAAAUGUACAACGUGUUUCAGUCACGGUCUUAGGACUUUUAUUAACUCUGAAGCUCAUGAGUUCUAUUUAUCACUGUAAAUAAUUAGGGCUGACAAAGAUUCGGACAUGUGUAAUAUGAAUUUAAAUCGAUCCAGGUUAAGGGACAUUACCUAGCUAGUCACUACCUAAAGCUAUUAUGAAAUUAGGAAAACCUGAAAAAAUCACACAUGACAAGUGAAAUAUGUAACAGAUCUGGAAAUAUCUCUGAAGGGGACGAAGUAGUUCUGUUUAGGAUAUUUAUUGCAGUAACAACUGUAGUCAAUACACUUUUAGAUCUUGAUUUUAAACUCCACUCCACGUACUUCGGUUCUGACAUUCGAGUAGUGAUUAGUCUGCAUAUAACUACACUGUGAAUUAAACCAAAUUACAUGGACCUGUUUAUUUUAAAUGAGUUACUUUAAGGGUGUUUAUUGGUUUCACGACAUAAACUUAAUUUAUCAGUUAACAGCUAGCUGGUUACAGAAGAAUGACUACUGUAGGGCUGCUGAGUAUUCAGUUUGUAUGUAGAUAUCCCAGAAAACGGAAUGGUAACAUUGCAUACUGGAAGGAAAGCACACAAUUCCAAGUGUUUUAUACUCCACUAACAAUACAACCGUCAGAAUGAGCGACAAAAUAAAGGCAAUUCUAAUAGCAAUAGACUAGAGAAUGCCCUGGUAUGGCCCUGAGAGUGGGGUGGGCCCACCUUACCUCUCGAAAUGCUCUCACAUGGCCACGCGUAUACAGCCUCUGUCAGGGAAGUCCUACUCACUACCUUCUCGUGGCGGGGGUGUCGUCUACGAAAAUGAGAGGACGAAAAGCGAAUGUCCGGCGCUUUAACCGGAUCCCAAACCAAUGGUGCUUAUGGGCUCCAGUAUCCUAAGGGAACAAAUGGCGUAUGAACCAAUCAUUGGUCACCGACUAUCAUGGGACUGCAUCUCCUCAUGAUGCUCCACUGCCUUGUGGGUUAGACCUUUAGGUCAAAGGCCCGGGGUGUGGCCCCCUAAGAAGACCACCUGCUUAUGUCUGGGCACCCGGGCAGUAUCACAGCCCACACAAACACAAAUAUGGUGUGGCACAUAUAUAUUUGGUGCCUUUCUGUACCAAUAUUUGUGUUGAAAUAAUAAUAAUAAAGAGAAAAGGGAGUUGAAAAAUUAACUUCCUGGAAGUCCAGGAGACUAAGUGGACGAUGCAUUUCCAUAGCGGCCGAAAUUAAAUUUUAUCUUUUAUAAACGAUGAGGCUUUUUAUUUUUCCUGUAUUCAUUUUUUAAAACUAGUCUUACACAUUGGUAACUGAUCUAACUUAGUAAGCAAGUGCAAACUCAUGUACUGGUCUUUGACUCACUCUUUUUCUACUAGCAGGUGAUGUUAAAUGACUGUCCACUACAUAGUAUGUUGACAAAGUUUCAAAUAUGACUCGGGAGUUGAAAGUCACGAGUUUUAACCAGCAAACCACAGGGCUAAAUUAUAGACUAUUAAUUAUUGUUUUGUGAAUAUGUAGAGAAUAACAAAUCGAUGAAACUAACAGUGAUAUAAUAGUUACGACGCAUACAGUAAUUACUAACUUCUAACCUUACACUGUCUAUCAUCAAGCUUCACCUACUGCGCGUGUGCCACAUUUGGGUCAUACCGAACCAUCACGUCUGACAAUCUUAUCUCUGUGCUAAUGAGGUGUGGCAACUUGAAUCUAUGUACAUACGUACCAGGUUCUACGUUGCAACCAACCGAUUAACCCACUAAUCACAUACUUUAUUUAUUUCAGGAUUCAAAAUAAAUCACUACUAGGAUACUUUAUCAUGUAGGAACACUUAUAACAUCAUAAGUAAUUAAGUAUUUCGGAAAUUAAGUUAUAAAUAAUCUCAACAUAAAUCGUAAUCCAUUAAAUAAACCACGAUGUCGCUUCGGAAUGAAUAACACAGUUAAGUAAAUAUUCAUAUAAACAGUCCUCAUGCUGAUUGAUUGGAGAUGAUUUAUGCUACUUUGAGGGAAACUAGCUAUGUAUUCAUAGUGUCUCAUUCAAAUGAAAUACUAAUUCUGAACUUGUCUUAAACCUCUUAAGUUUCAAGAAGUUGUUCCAUUCUUCAAUCAAGUUCAUUAGGUAUGUAAGCUAAUGCUAGUACUAUAAUUUACAAUGCAUCAUUUGGAGGUAUGUGGAGUUCAUAGUGCAAACUUAGAUAACAGAAUGACCAUGAAAUCUUUCUCGUGGAUUUUUUUAUUGCAUAUUCAGUGUUGAUCGAUUGAUUGUGCUUAGUAAUAAGAUAUAACCGAGCAAUAGCCACUAAUCAAAUGGAAUCUAUUGACCUCUUACAUUCAUCUACAGACCCUGACCAAGAACAUUAAAAGACUGGACAAUAAACCAUCCCACCACAGUUGUAUCCUUAUUUUUCCACUAAUAACAAUAGUUUUUGACAAAAUUAACAUGCCUAGCAAUUUGUUUACACGAAUCUCGCUUUCCAAUUAUGCACUUUAAAUUCUGGAUAUUUCUUAUCUCUAACAAAUAAGAGAAUUCCAAGUGAAAUUAAUGUUCUCUUGUACAUCACUUACUCAGUAGUCCAAUUAUUAACUUUUAAACCACGAUUAUGUUCUAGGCUAUUUACAAAUGUGAAACAGUCAUUUCAAUAUUGGGAUUUAAGUUUCGCGCUUCAGUACACGAAGAAACAACCAAGCGACAGUUAGUUAUACUUACUUGAUAUCUUAUCAUUUUGGAAUCACAUUGAAGGCAGUGUCACUAACAUUGGAUAGUUCAGAUGAUGAUGGUGAAGUCAGUAGUAGUAUUAGUAGUCAUUCCAAAGAUAACUUGAAACAACAACAUAAGAAGAAGAAAAAGGAGAAGAAGAAAAAGAAAUCUGUUAAGAAAAGAAAACAUUCACUAUCUGAUGAUGAUGAUGAUAAUGAUGGCGGUAGUAACGAUGUUGGCGAACUUAAUUUCACUUCAAGUUCUAUGACAUAUCAUCACGCAAAUGAUGGACGAAGUCGUCAUAAACAAUAUCAUGAACAGGAACCACAGCAGGAGCACAGAUCAACCAAGCAUAGAUCACAUUCAAAAAAACAUAAAGAUUCUCAUUCAAAAGAACGGAGGCACCAUCAUCACCAUUGAUAAUAGACAAAUAUACCUAAUGGGUUAAAACUGUUCUGUACAUAGGCAUAUAUAUAUAUAUAUAUAUAUAUAUAUAUAUAUAUAUAUAUAUAUAUGUAUAUGUAUAUAAGCACACGUUAUCUUAACUGUUGUCUAGUUCUUUUUCGUACACAAAACUUAUGUUUUAUUGUAAUAAUGUUACUAUUAAUUUUUAAAAAGGAGUACAAACUUUCAACAUACUCAUCAUAAAGUUGUUUGUCUUUUUUCAUUUGAAUAAAAAAUGAGCCUGUCAGCACUUUGUUUUUAAGUUCAUGUGUAAAAUAAUCUAAUAAUAUGUAUGAACUCAUUUGGGUACUAUCUGAAGACCAUUAUACUAUGACCGUUGUUAAUAAUACUGGUAUUAAUGCUAUAUAUAUAAAUGCAUAAAUUACACUAGGUGGUUGUUAUUUGUAGAAGAACUUAUAAAAGUAUCUAUGAUAUUAAUCCUAAACCUGUCAAGUCUUUUGAAAGUCUGC